AAAGAAAUCAAGGGGGCGGGUCGCAAACCAGAGAGAACCAAAAUUGAGAGAUGUAUAUCUAUUAGUGCAUAAUGGUAUCGUUAUCUCUUCGGUCGAUGAACCAAAACAAUGUGACCAUGGCUUGAUUCCAAGACAAGCUCAGCUGUCUUUCGAAGAGAGAUAUUCUCUUGGCGCGAGUGUGAAGUCUUUCUCCAUGGCCAUGCGGCAGGAUCAUCUAAGCACACUUGUUAAAGGCUGACCGGCCGAAAGUCUGAAGGGUCUUCUUGGUAGACUAAAUGUUGUUGACAAUUGUGCUCGGCAAGGAGAAACCAGGGAAGAAGAGUGACUACGGAGUACCUAGUACCCAUCCACCAUGCGCCACCUGCAUAUUUGCUUGUGGUUUGGGGUGUGGUGUGCAAUGGCGCAGUGCUCGGCUGCGAUGACCCCAUUCAGUUUGGUAAUAGGAGACUUGCCAUUGAUGCCGCUUAGGACAAGAGGGGCGGCGGCUACCAGUUCAUUGCUGGUGUUGUGGUUUAGAGAGAGAUCCCGUCAUGGAGUGAAAUGCUCCAAACGUAGAGUGAUCGGCCCAUGCUCUGGAAAAAUUCGGAUGAAACCGGUGUCGCUGGACCGACCGGACCAUGAGUAAUGGUCUAAUGUGCACCCCGUGGAGGCGAAGAAAGAGAGGGUCCGCGUAGUCCGCACUAGACCACAUUGCC